GUCUGUUCUCGACGUUCUCGAAGUGACGUUUUGUAAGUUCGCUCCCCGUAAUCGUUACUUGUAAGGACCUUUGACCCACAUUUGUUCCGAUCGUUGCUGACUUCGACCACUGAUUAUCAGUGCCUCGGAUUAGUCCGGAUAGUCCCUUCUACUCUUUUCGAACAUGAUAAUUCUGUACAUGUUAUCUUUCUUUUUCUUCACUACAAACAAUACAUCAAUAAGAAACAGCGCGAACUGUUUUUAUACCUAAACAGUUUUAGCAUCUUUUUUUUUUUUAUACCGCUCAAACUUUUUCGGUUAAUGACCUCAGGAGCGACUUCCGUUGAACGUAGUCGGAAAUCAGUUGGUGCUACAAGGGUGGAUGCCUCAUUACAUCUUCUGAUGACUAGUUUCACGAAGAGUUUCAGCAGACGAGACAGUUGUGUGUUUUAGUUUUUCGUUGAUAAAAAUUCAAAAUCUAAUAUUUUUUACAUUAUUUCCAUAUAAAUGAGAAUAAAUAAAUAAAGUGCAAGGUGAUGACGAAGAAUGACAGUGAAAUAAGUGAAUGGAAGCAGAUGGUUUUGAUUCAGUGAAGAUAAAACUCUUAUCUCAUUGUUAUGACUGUGGGUGAUUUAGAAAAUCUCAAUUGGUUGAAACUUUAAAAAUGAAGCUGCUUCUUGUUCUGUCUUUGCUUUGCUUAAUUCAAAUAAUUUGUCAAUGUAGAAUACUCCAGUUAAAUAAUUAUAAUCGUUUUAAAUCUCAUCAACAUGGGCAGAAGUUCACGAUCGACCAGUUACUCAAUACAAAAUUUUCGAAUUCGAUAACUGAUGAUGUGGAUCUCGAUGUCUGUAAAACAGGUGUUUUCCUCGGAGACAUUGCACUGCCCAACAUCAAAUACGAAACAGAGUGGCGCCAACUGAAGUUCAAUAAAAGCUAUCUUGAGGAAGUCAAAAAAUAUAGGGAUGAAGUGCUGCAAGAAGGCUUACAAGUUGAAGCAGAGGGGUUGACUGAGAUAUUACAAUUCGAAAACAAAAAUGACUAUAACAACGAACAGAAUGGAGAAAAAGAAAUUUUGUUCCCUAUCCAAAAUUCUAAGCCGAUUAUGAUGGAUCGUGAUCAAUAUAGCAUUGGUGAUACUUUUACUUUUGAAGCAAAUAGUGGAGACAGUAUACCUGAGGUGAAAGAGGAUGGAAUAGAUAUCAGAUUAAAAGAGACAACGGAGGCAACCAGAAAGGAAUAUUUAGCAAAAAAUCACAAUUUUAAAACAUCUAAGGACAUUUUACGAACUACCACGGUCAAAAGAGAAAUUGGUGAUGACUGGCCAAGUAGAAGAAAUUUUAAUUUUCUUGUAUCUCAAGAUAUACAAACAGAAAAUUACAAUGCUCAUGAGGUAAUUCAUGACGUUAAUUCAGUUGUUUCGAUAUUGGAAAGUCCACGUCCUGAAGAAAGGCGACCAAGGCGCCACCGCCAUGAAAGAUUACAAAAACAAAAAAAUCAAGGACAAAAAAGAAUAGAUCACCUGCUCCUUCAAUCACCAUCCACUAUAAACUCUGCAGAAACUUUAGAUGAAACCAUAUCGCUUCAUGAUAAACGAUUAUGGUCAAUUGAAUUUUAUGAUCAGCACAAAUCGAAAUAUUCGAAGAAUGGGCGCAGUUCAACGAGAUAUUCACUUAGACCCUCUAGGACCAGAAGAGCUGCUACGGCUCGCCGAGAACGCGUAUGGGAUCAUGGAGUCAUUCCUUACGAGAUCGACGGAAAUUUUUCUGGUGCCCACAAAGCUCUAUUCAAGCAAGCUAUGCGGCACUGGGAGAAUUUUACUUGCGUUAAAUUUGUCGAAAGAGUUCCCAGAGAACAUCCCAACUACAUAGUUUUUACAGAAAGAUCCUGUGGGUGUUGUUCUUUUGUCGGCAAAAGAGGGAAUGGUCCUCAAGCUAUCAGCAUUGGCAAAAAUUGCGACAAGUUCGGAAUAGUCGUUCACGAACUCGGGCAUGUAGUGGGUUUUUGGCACGAACACACCAGGCCUGACAGAGAUCGACAUGUACAAAUAAUCAGAGAUAACAUCAUGAGUGGUCAGGAAUAUAACUUUAAUAAACUAACAGAAGAGGAAGUCAAUUCCCUAGGAUUACAUUACGAUUAUGAUUCAAUAAUGCAUUAUGCGAAGAACACAUUUUCUAAAGGAACAUACUUGGACACCAUCUUACCAAUGGAAAUUCAUGAAAAAAAGCGACCUGAAAUUGGACAGAGAAUUCGGCUCAGUGAGGGAGACAUUGCUCAAACCAAUUUGUUGUAUAAAUGCUACAAAUGUGGAAGAACCUUUCAAGAGAACAGCGGAAGUUUCGGUUCACCAAACCAUCCAAAUAGUUCGCCACCUCUUGAUGGAGAACGAUGUGAAUGGAGAAUCACAGCAACACACGGAGAACGUAUAGUUCUCAAUAUCACUACGCUGGACAUUUUUAAAAGUGACUAUUGUCGCACUGACUAUCUUGAAAUUCGAGACGGCUAUUGGCAUAAAAGUGCAGUAUUAGGUCGAUUAUGUGGCAGCGGAAAAGUUUAUGAGCCAGUAAUAUCUACCGGAAGUCGAAUGUUAGUAACGUAUAUCACAUCAAAUCGUCAAAGUGGGCAUCGAGGCUUUAGUGCAAAUUAUGAAGCCGUAUGUGGAGGUGACGUGGACUUAGAUGGAGUAGGACAUUUGGAAUCGCCAAAUUACCCCGAGGAAUAUCAAUCAAGCAAAGAAUGUGUUUGGAGGCUCUCAGUUCCUCAAGAUUACCAAGUAGCUUUAAAAUUUCAGUCUUUCGAAAUUGAAAAUCACGAUAAUUGCGUUUACGAUUACAUUGAGGUUCGUGAUGGCCAUAACGAGGAUUCUCCACUUAUUGGCGUUUAUUGCGGAUAUAAGUUACCGCCGGACAUUAGAUCUACGGGAAAUAAACUACUGGUAAAGUUCGUCAGUGAUAGCUCCGUUCAAAAGGCUGGUUUCUCGGCUAUGUUUAUGAAAGAGUUUGACGAAUGUGCACUUACUGAUCAUGGGUGCGAACAUGAUUGUAUCAACACUUUAGGAGGGUACGAAUGCUCAUGCAAACUUGGUUUUGAACUUCAUUCAGACGGAAAACAUUGCGAAGAUGCUUGUGGCGGAAUCUUCAACAUGAAAAAUGGUACCAUAACGAGUCCUUCCUUCCCGGAAACAUAUCCUGAUAAUAAACACUGCGUGUGGGAGAUAAUAGCACCACAUCAGUACAGAAUAACUUUAAACUUCACCCAUUUUGACCUGGAGGGCAAUAACGUCUAUCAGCAAGAAUGUGAAUAUGAUUGGGUUGAGGUAGUUAGUAAACUUGGAGAAGACAUACUUAGGAAGCAUGGUACAUACUGCGGAACUAGAUUACCACCACUGCUAACAUCCGAGGGAAAUUCUAUGAAGGUCGUCUUUUCAUCUGAUAACAGCUUACAGAAGUCGGGUUUCGCUGCAGUAUUCUUCACAGAUAUGGACGAGUGUGCAAAUAAUAAUGGCGGAUGUCAGCACGAAUGUAAAAAUACAGUUGGUUCCUACCAAUGUUUCUGCCACAAUGGUUUCACUCUUGAUGAUAACGGAUACGACUGCAAGGAAGGUGGUUGCAAAUAUGAAAUCACCACGUCUGCUGGUACUAUAACUUCACCAAACUAUCCUGAUUACUAUCCGGGUCGUAAAGAUUGCGUCUGGAAUUUCAGCACUACUCCGGGACAUCGAAUAAAGCUGAUUUUCAAAGUUUUUGAAAUGGAACCUCAUCAAGAAUGUGCAUAUGAUCACAUUGCUAUUUACGAUGGCGAUUCACCAGACAGUCUCACUUUAGGAAGGUUUUGUGGUAGCAAAGAGCCCCAUCCUAUUUUAGCUACCGGAAGUCAAAUGUAUAUGGUAUUUAAAAGCGAUGCAUCUGUUCAAAGAAAGGGAUUUCUAGCGACACAUAUGACUGCCUGUGGUGGGCAUUUACUUGCAACCGAACAUACAAAGUAUUUGUAUUCGCAUGCUAAAUACGGCACACAUAAUUAUGACCAUAAUACUGACUGUGAUUGGGCAAUCGAGGCUCCAAUUGGAAAGAACGUCCACCUGGCAUUCAUAUCUUUCAAUCUGGAAGAUGAGUCCGAUUGCAACUACGAUUUCGUUGAAGUUUAUUCUGGCUUAGAUUCUUCUAGUCCAAGUUUCGGCCGCCUAUGUGGUAACUCAAAUACCUCCGACAUCAUAUCAAUGAACGAAGCACUGCUUGUGAGAUUCAAGACAGACGAUACGAUAUCGAAUAAGGGUUUCGCUGCUACAUUUAUAGCGAUUGAUCGUCAAGACAGUGAGGAGACUCUUGGUGGAGAGGAAGAAGAAGAUGGAAAUCUUUGAUUUAAAUCUGGGGUCAGAAGGAACAGAUUUUUUCUAAGUAACUGUGUAAGACUGGCUUUAUUUGAUAGAAUUGUCAGACUCCAAGAAAAAAUAUCCAAGGGGCAAAAAUGUGAAAUAAAUAAUUCAUUUAACACAGGACAUGAAUGUAAAAAAUGCAGGUAAAAAGGCUUGAGCUAAAAAGAAUGGAAAAUUUUUAAUCUCUAGAGUUCCUUUUCAUUCCACCAUUUUAAUUCCACCAAUAACGGGAUCGAAUAAAGUGAACAUCCGAUUCCUUUCAAUGCAGUUCAAAAAAGUACUAUGGGCACUGAGAUGGAUUGAAGAAAUGCACAAAAAGGACCCCGUCCUUAUGUUUUAUGAAGUUAUGUUAAAUUUCCGAGGGACUUUGUACGCGAAAUUUUUGGGACAUAAUAAAUAAAAAAGAACCAAAGAUCAAUUUAACAAUUUCAAUUCUGAUAAGACUGAUUUAGACACUUUGACAGAAAACCAUUACCUAUAUAUUUAGUGAAGGGUUAUUUUCCAAUCGUUUUUACUUCAAGCAUUCUUGCCAAUAAAGUAUGAAAAUUAAUGUAAGAAGCUUUGAAAGCGAAUGAAAUAUAACUGUGAAUAAUGAA